AUGUGUGAUGGCGAGAGACAUGAUGUCAGAAGUCCGGAAGCUGAAGACCUCGCCACGCGGUCCGAAGACCUCGCCGCCGUGGUGGAUGAGGAGGACCUGGAGCCCUCAAGCGCCAUGGCGGCGGCGCUGGCCGCCAUGGCCAGCGCCGUGCAGACGCUGCAGAACACACCCGAGCCGGUCAUGGAGAGUGGAGGCCAAGUGGUGGACGAGGAUGACGAUGACACGGUCGCCGCAGAGGUCCCGCCAGAGCCAUGUGAGGUGGAGGUCGACUUGGAGGUCGACUUGGAGGAAGAGACCUUCAGGCCCACACCGCCCUCCACACCCGCGCCUUCCGCGCCUUCGCCGGUGCCGCAGCUGCUCGAGGGCCUGCGAGCGGCCAAUCGGAUGAAGUCCCAAGAGGUGCAGAGUGAAAACUUGACCUUGGAAGAGUUGGAAGACCAGCUACUGCUGCAGAAGGUCUUGGUGAAGCAGUUGAAGGCGGAUUACGAACAACGCCUGGAGCGCAGCGAGGCGCUGGCGGCUGAGCUGCGGGACUUGCAGGGCUCUAAGCCGCAGGACUUGCAGGUCAAGGUGGUCCGCGCCCGCGAUGAGACGGAGAAGUUGUCCAAAGAAGGCAACCGAGCGGCCAUGUGGGUGGAGGAUCGUUUGGCGCGUGCCUGGCGGUUGUUCCAAAGCAGAACUCCCAGCCAGCGCCUGGCGCGAGACUUGGCCAAAAAGAGCCACGCAGAGUUGGAAGCCUUGCGGCGCUCGCGAGGACAUGUCGAGGAGGAUGUAGCGCUGGAGGUCUUGCAGAGCCAACGGCGAAGAAUUGACGUGAUGAAGCAAGACGCGACGGCACAGGACGAGAAGCUCUUGUCCUUAGGCUCCGAUCUUCGCAGCGUUUUGGACUUCAUGGUGCGCGUGAACCUGGACGCCCGCGGCGGUCCAAAUGGACCCCUGGGGGAGCUGCCGGAGCUGCAGAACUUGAACUUCAGUGAGGAAGUCAUGACCAAGUAUGCAGUGCUCACCAGUUUGACAGUUCGCUGGCUCUCCACCGGAGACCAGGUCAGGUAUCUGGAGAACUCCGGUUCUCCCUCGCAGCUCCGCCGUGCGGCGCAGCUGGCCACCGCGCCGUCGCUGGCCUCCGCGGCGCAGCAGAUGCAGCGGAGGCCGCAGCUGCCCUUGCCCAGUCACGAGCGGGAGGCCUUUGGAGAGGAGAGGCAGCUACUGCGCUCGCGGCUCAUGACGGAGAUGCAGCAGGUUGCAGAGGUUCUGGCGCGUCCAGAGCCCAAGAAAUCUGCAGGGCCCGAGGAACUUCUGCGGGCGGCGGCCUGGGGUGAGUUGCGCACCUUGAAGGAGCUGCUCUCCGUGCCAAUGGAAGCGACGGAGGAGCUUUGCGGCUGGACGGUUUGGCAUUCAGCUGCGGCCCAUGGCCAGGACAAGGUCAUCCGCUUCCUCCAAGAGCAUGCCACUGAGGGCCUGGACGCCUUGUGUGACUGUGGUCUGCCACCCUUGGGCAUCACUUGCUUGCGCGGUCACUUGGGCACUGCGAAGUGCCUUUUGGAAGCCAAGUGCACCGUGUCCGCCCACGAUGUCCGCGGCAACAGCGCGCUACACUGGGCCGCAGCCAGUCAUAGCCACCAGGCAGCGGAGGAGCUGGCAGAGCUUCUGCUGGAUGCCUCUGCAGAUCCUUUCGCCUGCAAUGGCAGUGGCCAGCUGCCGGACAUCCCACGUCUCCAAGAGCUGGCGCUGCGCUCCAGCGAACGCCGGGACUCGGUGCCGCGCUCCCCGCGGCCCCGCACGGACGCGGCGCCACCGGACGCGGCUCGACACGGGGCAGGUGGUGAGGAGGAGGUGCCCAGGUUCUCCUACAUCAGCUUGGAGAAGAAGUCCACCAGUGGAGGCUUCCUCUCCUCCUUAAGCUUCCUGAAGCCCCCGGUGCGGGACCGCGCGGGGCUCAUGCGUCGGGCAGAGGCGCGGCGCGCGGUGCACUUGAGCCCGGAAGAGGAGGAUGUGGGCAUUUGGUCCGACUGGGUCACCGUCUUCACCCACGCGGGCCUCAGCGCGUGCGUGGCGCCGGCGCCGGCGCCCUCGAGCGAUCCGACGAACAGCGCGUGCAACACGCAGGCGUUGGUCUUGACUUCGGAGCGUUUGCUCUUCCUCCGCGCCGCCAGCACGGGCGCCGCCGUGCGCAGCGGGUGGUCCCUGGCACAAGGCAUGGCGCUGCGGCAGAUCCGGCAAGUGGUCAUCCCCGGGCGUUCGGAUGGCUUGCUCCUGCUGCGGGUCCAGACCAGCGAUGAAGUCUUGCACUUCCAUACGGGGUCUCGGGAGACGUUCUUGGAAGAGCUGUGGCAGGCCAUGCUCCGCGCGGGUUGGCCCAACCGCGCCGUGGACGCGUCCGACGAUGGCAGUGCCGUGAAGGACUUCUUCUGCGUGGACCCAGAGCCGGUGAUCCCUUUAUUGGACCUGGCGAUGCAAGAGGCCGCUCAAGGCACCUUGGCCUUCUUGAGCGGCAACCUCUUCGUGCUCUUGCCACGGGCACCGAGCUCGCUGCUGCUGUCGGGCGCGGAGACGAUUCGCUUUGGCUUUUUGGAGCUGCAGAUGCGACGGCAGCCCAAGCAAGCUGGUGCUGGAGUCUGCUGGCAAUGGCAGCGGUACUUCUUCCUCGCCAAGGGAGGGAGGCCCCACGAGCGGUGCUUGGGCUGGUGUUUGCAUCCCAACGCAGAGAAGUGGACAGGCCACAUUUUGCUCCAAAGCGUGACGCAGGUGAAGUCGGUGCGUGGUAGCGCGGGGGAAGCAUGUGUGGUGAUUCAAUCCCAAAACCAGAUCGUGGCCACAGUGAAAGCCCGCGGCAGCCGCGAGCGCGAAGACUGGUUGGACGCCCUGCGCAGAUUGGGGGGGAACUCCUCUCCCUCCUACCCUAUGGGAGCCGAUGCGCUCCAUCUCCGCAGGCUUUCCUGCAGCAAGGGGACCAAGAAGAGGUGCCAUGACAAACCGCCCUACGACCGCCGCUCUGGACCGGCUACACGACCGGACCGGCACGUGGCACGUCAACCUGGUCCGGCAGAUCAGGCCAUGCGGGUGGCCCAAGAGCUGGUCACCCUGUGCAACGACAAGCACGACGGCAAGCGCGAGGCCAUUGCCAGGCUGAUGGUGGCCAACAUUCAUUACAACAUGAAGGACUUCACUCAGUGCAUUCUGGUUGCUCGAGAGGCGCAGGUCCUCCUGCACGACUUGAGCGCCUUCAUCGAUGAGGCCGCCGCCGUGCGCAUGGUGGCUGAGGCAUACCUGGCCAAUGGUGAGCUACCACAAGCUGUCAAGGCAGCCGAACGUUCCUUGCGGCUCCUGAAGGGCAAGCGCAAGGAAGCGGAAGAGAUCCAAUCCAUGCUGGUCUUGGCCUCUGUGAAGCUGCAAGUGCUCGUGCAGGACAAGGUCCGCGCACAGCGGGGCACUCCGACCUUCAACGUGGCCUUGGAGGAUGCCUUGGACGCGGCUGAACAAGCUGUACACUUGGCGCGGGAGAAGCGAAUGGCACAGUUGGGGCAGGCGUUGCUCACGUUGGGUCAAGCACAGCUGGCUGGUCUCAGGAUCGAUGAAGCCUUGAAGACGGCCGCUGAGGCGAUGGAGAUCGCAGAGGCUGCUGGUGCCGAGCGGGAAAAGGCCAACGUCAUGUGCCUCGAGGCUGAUAUCCACUUCACGAACGGCAACGCUAAUAAGGCGUUAGUCUUAGUGAACAAGGCCUUAGCGAUCUUCCAGGAGUACCGCGACAGCCGCGGAGAGUGGAUCGCGAUGAACAUCCUGGAGCAGAUCACCGGCCCGCCGGAGGAUCCUGCAGCCUUGCAGCAAGGGGACUGGACCGAGGAGCAGUGGGCUCAAUGGAAUGCCUGGCAACAACAGCAGGGCCAGCAGGGCGGCAGCCAGGUACCUCAAGCCAUUCAAAGAGCCACGGAGGAGCCCCGCGCGCGUCGGCGCACCGAUCCGGGCGAGAAGCUAGAAUUGGCGCAUGUGAGCACCGACACCGUCCGCAAGAGGGUGGAAGAGAUCGUGAGGUUUACCGCUGACCUGGAUGAUAAUGAGCCGAUCGAAUUGGAUCAGCCUCUCAUGCAGGUCGGGGUCACCAGCCGGACGGCGGUGGGGCUGCGGAACAUGCUCAGCGAAGAGUUGCCUGGGGUGGACUUGCCCUUCACCCUCAUCUUCGACUACCCUUCCGUGGCCUCGAUCUCCGACCAUGUCAUGGAUAGCCUGGGCGCUGUUGGUUGA